UCUGUAAGGGUGUGUGCCUGCAUGUGUCACAGCGGAAGUCAGUCAGUAAUAAGCUCUGAUGGAUGAGGAUGACAUUGCAUUUACAGAACCGGAGCAAGCACACGUACCUUUAGAUUAGUCGCAGUUGAUGGUUUUGAUCCCAUUGCUUCACCACGGCAGCCUGUGGUGGUGAAACUGCUGUUUGAAUGACUGAAAAGAAAAAAGCAUGUCAUCCAGCUCUACAAACGUUACUGUGUGUGCAUCGAACGACACCCUGUGUACGAUAAAGGAACAUCAGGUGGAAGUGAUUAUCGUCCCUGCGCUGCUGCUCUUCGGCACCCUGGUCACCUUAGUGCCCCUGUUUAUACUGAGGUAUUGCUGUCAUCAUAAUCGGACACGGGUCAGAACCCCCCAGCACUACCACAGCUCAUCACACAGACAGACAGAGAGGCAUCACCACCACCACCAACCUCACACCAACCACCACCACAGUCAUCGCACCAAGCACCAAAAUCACAGAUCUCAUCUACAGGGCAUUGAUGCGCCCCCUGGCAUCAACCCACUGGAACAUGAAGAGCUGCCAAUGUCUGUUACACAAGUGCGGCAGAAUGUCAGGCCAUCUAUGGCUGCAGCACCACAGAGGUCCACAGAAAGCCAUCAUGAAGCCUUCAGCCAGGUCGCUGUACUGCCACAGACUUUCUCCAUCCACCCUAAUGACACAGUCAACUUCUACAGAGCACGCAUGGACAACAAGAACGUCGUGCUGAGGGUGCUGAAAGAAACAGCCAGCAGCAGUGAGAAACAGAAGUUUUUGGGGUUUGCUUCCUUUGUGUCUGGACUGGGGCUGCAUCCCUUCAUACCUGCGCUGCUUGGUGUUAUGUCGGCACAGUCGCCUUUAGUCAUGGUGGUGGAAGAGCUACAGCAGAGAGACCUGCUGGGCUUCCUGUGGAGAUGCAGACAGGAUAACUCAGGUUUACAGCAUUCUUGUGACAUGACAGAGAAGAGGAUCUUCACCAUGGCAGCACAAGUGGCCUCUGCUCUGGACUACCUGCACAGUCAGAACUGUAUCCAUGGCAACGUGGGAGCUCGCAGCGUUCUGGUUAGUGGAGACAUGACAGCUAAGCUGUGGGGGUUCGGCCCGGCCUACCGCAGGAGAACCCAGGGCAGUUCAACGGGAGAAGAUACAGUGAUUAAGAAAUGGCAGGCGCCUGAAGUGUUGGCCAUGAGACCCAUCACUAAGAGCAGCGACGUAUGGUCCUUUGGCAUCCUCAUCUAUGAAAUGGUCACAUUAGGUGACCCACCAUUUGCUCAGGUCAUGUCGUCUGAACUUCUGCAGCAUCUCCAAAGAGGGAGUCACCUCAAACGACCGGACACCUGCUCCAACUCACUGUACUCCAUUAUCAGGUCGUGCUGCCACUUCAACGCCAAGAGUCGGCUCUCCACGUCGGAGCUGAUUAGAAUGCUGAAAGCCGGAGAGAGCUCAGCCAAUGGGAGGACAGCUAUCAGAGUGACUGAGCCAUUCAAAUUUGAGAAAUACUUGAGAGAGGCGGGGUUUGCAGAGGCAUACAACUAUGCUGUCCUCUGAUUGGCUGGGUGUCAUCAGCGGUGGUGGCAGGCUGAUUUUCAUGAAGGACUGAGGACUGGUGCAACAUUAAGAACUCUCGCAGAAAUGUGCACAUUAUAAUUGUUUAUAACGUUUUUGUAUUUGGUAGUAUUGUAGGAAAACGUACAUGGCACAAUCACUUUAUAUUUUAAAUAAUAAUAUAUUAAAUGUAAAAAAUAUAUUUACUCUGUCAAAAUUAUUGUCGUGAGAUAUAAAAAUAAUUUAAAAUGC